UCCAGUCUUGGGGUGCGUUUGAAUGGGUGUCUGUGUGUGUAUAUGUGGUAGAGUUUAGAGGAGGACAGAGUAAAGUGUCUCGGAGCCUGUGGAGAAGGGGAAGAGCUUGGUGUCCAGAGGAGAGCGACCUGCACAGAAGGGGCUGACAACAUUCUCACUGUGAUUACCUCCGGACACUUGCCGAGAUUCAAGAUUCGGCUGGACCGUGUGUGCAGCCUAAAUGCCGAAGUGGAACUUGUUCAGGGAUCAGACAACGCCCAUGGUCGCCGCUAAGCCAACGGGGGCCAGUGCCUUGACUGUGACUCCUGCCCCUGUCGCAUUAGUCUCCGCCGACAACUCCACCGAACCGGUCAACAAGAACGAUGCCUUCGACGAGAUCAAGAACAAGUUCCUGAACGAAAUCGACAAGAUCCCACUGCCAUCCUGGGCCAUCAUUGCCAUCGCCGUGGUCGCUGCUUUACUCAUUCUAACAUGCUGCUUCUGCAUCAUCAAGAAAUGCUGUUGCAAGAAGAAGAAGAACAAGAAGGGCAAGAAGGGGAAGGGUGACAUGGGAAUGAAGAACCUGAAAGGGGGAGAGGACGACGACGACGAAGAAGAUGACGUCGAGCCUGGACUGACCGGAGACGAGAAAGAGGAGGAGGUGAAGGAGAAAGAGAAGCUCGGGAAGCUGCAGUACUCCAUCGAUUAUGACUUCCAGGAGAACAAGCUGACUGUGGGAAUCCUGCAAGCCGCCGAUCUCCUCUCCAUGGACAGCGGCGGCACCUCUGACCCCUACGUCAAGGUCUUCGUCCUCCCUGACAAGAAGAAGAAGUUUGACACAAAGGUUCACAAGAAAACGCUCAAUCCUGUCUUCAACGAGACUUUUAUUUUCAAGAUACCAUUCCAAGAGAUGGGAGGGAAGACUCUGGUGAUGUCAGUCUACGACUUUGAUCGCUUCUCUAAACAUGAUGUCAUUGGAGAGAUUAAAAUACCCAUGAACACCCUCGACCUGGCGAAGCCGAUUGAGGAGUGGCGAGACCUGGACAGCGCGGAUCAAGAAGAGCCGGAGAAGCUGGGAGACAUUUGCAUCUCUCUGCGUUACGUCCCCACCGCCGGCAAACUUACCAUCUGUAUUCUGGAGGCCAAGAACCUGAAGAAAAUGGACGUGGGUGGACUGUCAGAUCCUUAUGUGAAAAUCAACCUGCUGCAGAAUGGAAAGAGGCUGAAGAAGAAGAAGACGACAGUGAAGAAGAACACUUUGAAUCCAUACUACAACGAGUCCUUCAGCUUUGAGAUUCCUCUUGAGCAAAUGCAGAAAAUCCAAGCUGUGAUCACGGUGCUGGAUUACGACAAGAUUGGCAAGAACGACGCCAUUGGGAAGAUCUUGGUGGGAAGCAAGUCCACGGGGGCCGGGCUGAAACACUGGUCCGACAUGCUGGCCAACCCCCGUCGCCCCAUCGCCCAGUGGCAUCCACUGCAGCCAGAGGAGGAGGUGGAUGCCGCCGUCGCAGCCCUAAAUGCCAAGAAGUAAACCACCACCAGAACACAUCGUCCCCACCUCCACCCAACCACCCACCCACGCAUUUCCCCCAAAUCCCCAGGUCCCACGCAUCAGUGUAUAUUCCAAAAGAACACCCUUAACUGUACAUCUGCUCCCUCCACCCCCCUCCUCUCCCUCCGCCACCUGUCAAAAGAUACCAUUCAACAUGAUGGGAAACAUAGUUCAAAAAAAGCAUCAUGUUAUAUGAAUUCAUGUCAUUGAAAAAAGACGACAAGUUACAGGAAGGACAGAUGCUCCGUUGAUUUCCUUUAGAUCUAUUUUUGUAUUGGGGUUGUGGUUCCAUUAAUAAGAAUACAGAGUGAAGAACAGUCAGAGUGCUCUACGGGAAUCUGGUGAUAGAGGGGAUAAAACAUACAUUCACUCAUAUUGUACUUGUCACCCCUUCCCUUUAGUGACACAGUUUGCUUAGAAUAGUGCUUAAUAAUAAGAUGCUUUAUACUGCCAUAUGAUAGAGAAAUAACACAAGCAGGUCCAUUCCUUAGGUGUAUUGUGCACCAUGUUCCACACCUGCCAGUUAUCAUACUAUAUGAUUCUGUUAGUUUGAAGUACAUUCCUAGAGUUGGGUAGCACGUAGGGAUAGGCACAUAUCCGGUUACCCACAAACACACUGCCUUUUUGAUUAGUUAACCUUCCACCCAUCGUCUCAGGAAAACUGAGAGGAAACUGAAACUCCAUGCCUUUUUUUCUAAACGGGUUGUUGUUAUUCAAAUGCUCCCACUAUAUGAGAAAGAAAUGUCGGAUUCAAAAGCUUGACCGCUUGUUUUUUGUGUUUGUUUGUCGGUGACGUAAGGCUCGCGACUUGUGUUAGUUUAUCCAUGAAAUGGUAUGUCAGGGAACAGGGAGUGAUGGAUUUUCAGCUUAGAAAAAAAGAAGGAAAAAAGGGGGUAUUUGUGUAUUUUUUGACUGUGCGAAAAAGGCUGCGUCUGUCAACUGAACAACAAAAAGCGAGGAAAUAUCAGAGCGGCUACAACAGAGACUGAUUCCAACCCUCAAUGACAUGAUAUUUACAAGGUGUUGAUUACUGCCUGCAGUCUACCACCUCCCCUCCCAACGCCUCCGAAUCUGUAUCUCACUUGUUCAGUGCUACUGCCAUUAGUCAUGGACUUGACACAAGGGUUUUACUUCAAAGGAAUCCCUAUAACCGUCUUACAGUCAUAAAGGAGACAAGCCUUCAAAGUAACAAAAUAAGCAAUUUUCAACUUACCAGGGACGCCUUCCAGUUAGCGGUGUUGUUCUCUUCAUUUCUUUCUUCCUCCUUAUUUUGUCUAUCUCUUUUUCUUUUUCUUUCUUUUUUAUUUCAUUUAACUUCAAACGCUUUUAUUCCUCAAGCACUUUAAAUCCAAAUGUUACGUUUAAGUACCCUCCGAAACCAGAGCUUUAAUUCUGUUAUGCUUUGUUUCAACUCAGCUUCUCGUGUCUGUGUUUUGAUUGUUUGAAUAUUAUGUUUCUCACUUGAUUGCAAGGAUACGGUCUGUAAGAAGGCACUGAUCCAUGUGUAUUCUAUACACAGCUUACCAAACUGUUGAAUUUAAUUGCACUACUGGGUAUUAUUCUGUUCUGUGGUAUUCCUUUAUCUCUGUGUGUGUUUUUUUUUUAAUUGAUAAAGUGUUGUGAGAUUGAAUUUUUCUGUGGCACAUGUGGCAUGCCAGAUAGGUCUCCUCAUAUAAACAGCCUCCUCUGAUAAGAAAAGAGACACGUCUCUAUCUAACGCUGCUCCCUGACUCAUUCACAGAGUGAAACUCGUUCAGUAUUUGUGAAUUCAUAUUCUGCUGAGGAGAAAAAAAUUCAAACUUGUGAGACCAAAACUCAUCAGCCCUGAAUAAAUUGGUGAAUUGUUAAUUAACAUCCUGGUGUGCAUCAGGUGCUUGGGUCCCAGUUCAGGUGGAGUUAUCAAUUAAAAUCAGUGCUAUCUGUGAAAAAAACAGCGAAAACUAACCGUUGACUGUGUGCGAGAAAAUGCAAAGUCAAUGUAAAUCAAGCGUAGACAGUACCACAACUUCUUCUUCUUCUUCUUUUUGGAAAUUUAAUGAAUGUUGGCUCUUGUAUCUUCCUCUGCUGGAAAUUGUAACUCCUUAUUUUUUAUAACCAACAUAGGCCAUGUUAAGAUUUCCGUUCCUCAUCUCACAUGAUCUUUUUCUUCCGUUGACGAAGCAGCACUAAAGAAAAGGCAACAUGGAAGCAAUCAAGCAACCCAUCGGUGUGUAGUUUUGCCUAUAUACAUAGUUCAUACACGUUGAUACUGCAUGUUUAUACAAAAUACUGUACAUAAGAGCAUGUUUUAGAGACGACGCAAAAAUAUCUCGUGUACGUAAAUGGGUGUCAUUUGUCAUUUUAAUAACACAACGAAGGGGGAAAAAAAAGAUGCACUGUAUAUUUUCUAAAUGAAUCAAAUGUGUAUUUAUUUUCCAUGAGGGUCAUUGGAGAGGAUGUCAUACAAAUAUUAGAGUACUAUUACUAAUAAGAACCUUUCCACGCCUGAACUUCUUAAGCAAGUGUGUCGUCCAGUACUGUGUGUGAGUUCAUGUAGGAUGAAAAUGUAGCCGCAUGCUUGCUAUCUAAUUCCUUGUGAUCCGAUUUUUGAUUUGACGCCAUUUUAUCCGCCAUACGUUUAGUUGCAGCACUUAUCUGAAGGCCAAUGUUUGACUUGUUUCUGAAUUUUAUUGCUGUUGCUUUUUUUUUAUUUUUAUUUUUUAAAAAGAUAUGUUUUAAA